AUUAUUAGUGUUAGUUAUUGCACGUGGGCAAUUUUCGAAAAAAUAAAUUGUAUUUGGCUUGUGUAAAUAAAAUUAAUUUCUAUUUUCCUUAAAGAAAAAUAAAAACAAAAUGUCUAUUCCCGAUAAAGUUUUAAUGAGAAAGAUUGUGAAAAGAGAAAAGAAUAAAUUGAAAGUAUUGAAGGAGAGAUCCGUUAAGCAAAAUGGUAAAGUUGAACUUGAUGAUCAUGAAAAUGAUAUUGAUAAAGAUACUACAGAAGAAAAAAUUGGAGAUAAACGUCCAAUGAUGCAAAAUGGCCCAGCUAAGAAAAAGAAAAAAAAACAAGAGACAUCUGAAAUUUUGGAUGAACAAAAAGUAGACGAGAAGGCCGACAACGACUCUAAUGACACCAAAAGUAAGGAGAAUGAAAAUAUACAAUUGAAGAAUACUACAGAUGACAUGAAUAAGAAUUUACCUGGAUCUUCUCUAGGAUUGGAAGUAUUGAAUAAUAAUAGUUUUGAAACAUUAAGUAAACGUGUUUGUGAAAACACUCUUAAAGGAAUACAAGAUAUGGGUUUCACGCAUAUGACCGAAAUACAAGCAAAAUCAAUUCCACCAUUGUUAGAAGGAAGAGAUUUAAUUGGUGCUGCCAAAACUGGAUCAGGAAAAACGUUGGCUUUUUUAAUACCUGCAGUUGAAUUAAUUUUUAAAUUAAAAUUUAUGCCACGCAAUGGUACUGGAUGCAUCAUUAUUUCUCCUACUAGAGAAUUAUCAAUGCAAACGUUUGGUGUUUUAAAAGAGUUAAUGAAAUAUCAUUAUCAUACGUAUGGUUUAUUAAUGGGCGGUGCUAAUAGACAAACCGAAGCACAAAAGCUCUCAAAAGGAAUUAACAUAAUUGUUGCUACGCCGGGUAGAUUGCUGGAUCAUCUACAAAAUACUCCAGACUUUUUAUAUAAAAAUCUACAAUGUCUUAUUAUCGACGAAGCCGAUCGUAUUUUAGACAUUGGUUUUGAAGAGGAAUUGAAACAAAUUAUUAACAUCUUGCCAAAAAGAAGGCAAACAAUGUUGUUCAGUGCAACUCAGACUAAAAAGGUAGAAGCAUUGACAAGUUUAGCAUUAAAAAAAGAGCCCAUAUAUGUUGGAGUCGAUGAUGAAAAAGAGAAGGCAACUGUGGAAGGUUUAGAACAAGGUUAUGUAGUUUGUCCUAGUGAGAAACGUUUCUUAUUGUUGUUCACAUUCUUAAAGAAAAAUAGAAAGAAGAAAAUUAUGGUAUUCUUUAGUUCCUGUAUGUCUGUCAAGUAUCAUCAUGAACUUUUAAAUUACAUUGAUCUUCCUGUAUUAAGUAUACACGGCAAGCAAAAACAAACCAAACGAACAACAACAUUUUUCCAAUUUUGCAAUGCUUCUUCCGGUAUACUUUUAUGUACAGACGUAGCUGCUAGAGGUCUCGAUAUACCCGAUGUUGAUUGGAUCGUACAAUACGAUCCACCCGACGAUCCUAAGGAAUACAUUCACCGUGUUGGAAGAACGGCACGUGGGGAAGGUAGCAGUGGGCACGCUUUAUUAAUUCUACGACCAGAAGAAUUAGGCUUUCUUCGUUAUCUCAAGCAAGCUAAAGUUCCAGUCAAUGAAUUUGAUUUUUCAUGGAAUAAAAUUGCAGACAUACAAUUGCAGCUGGAGAAAUUGAUUUCUAAGAACUACUUCUUAAACAUAUCAGCGAAGGAAGCGUACAAGGCGUAUGUUAGAGCAUACGAUUCGCAUCAUCUCAAACAGAUUUUCGAUGUUCAGACAUUGGAUUUGGCUAAAGUUGCCACAUCUUUUGGAUUUGUUGUUCCACCAGCUGUUGACUUAAAAGUAGGAGCUAGCAAAGAUUCGCGGCCACGGAAAAGGCUUGGCGGAGGCGGUUAUGGCUCAUUCAAGAACAUGAAUAAUCCAAAUGCUUCACGACAGUUGCAACGUACCAAGACCUACCGCCAGGUGGGUAAACGGGGAAAGGACAACCGACAAUUCUCCAGAUAACUUUUAUAUGUAUAGAUAUAUUCUUUUUGGUUCACAAGUCUUUUUAAGCUCCAAAUCAACCGUACGAAGUUUCCUUUGGAAGCGUUAAAUUAUACCUACAGGUGUAGGUACUUCAUUAUUUCCAAUUUGUCUUUUAUUACAAUGUAUCACCUACUAGACAUUCUCUAUAAAUGGUAACGCGAUCCAAGCUAGUGCAAAAAAGUUUAUUUUAUCUUUCUUGUACAGUUUCAAUAUUUUUUGUCUUUUUUUUCUACAAUUUUGUUCAUCAUAAAAUUAACUUUCACUUUUAAUUAUUUGUUUAUAAUAUUAUACAAUUUUUCUUAUACUGCUGGUAUGAAUGAUUAGAACUAAUUAAUGUUUUUUUAAAAAUGACAUGUGUAAUAGUACAAUGUUAUUGUUACAAAAAACAAAUGAUGUGUCUACUCGUUGUUGCGUGUUAGGCGAACAAGAUCGUAAGAUUUAUUGUACGAUAUUUUAAUGUAAUAAAUUAAAGAUAUUAAUUCUUAAGUUAAUAAAAUAUGUUGCUCUUCGCCUUAAUCGGUAAAA